CGCAGCGGCGCGAGAUACAAACGCGCGGUGCCGCCACGGGCGGCUGCGGAGGCCGCCAUGAAACGCAGAGGCCCCGAGGAGGAGGCCUGUGGCGUGUGGCUGGACGCGGCGGCGCUGAAGAGGAGGAAGGUGCAGACACAUUUAAUCAAACCAGGCACCAAAAUGCUAACAUUGCUUCCUGAAGAGAGAAAACCUGGUAUUUCUUUUACUCAAAGAAGAGGCACUCGGCAGACCAGUAUUGCGUCCUUUGUCACCUUGCAACCAGGAAUGGCAAAUGGUAACUGGAAGAGCAUUUUAUCUUUCAAAGAAAAUCAGAUCAACAAAGAAUGCAAAAGAGCCCAGCUAGACUGUUCGGUCCAGGGAUUGGGGAAUGAAUGCUCGGUAUCACCUUUAGCCACUUCAACUCCUGCAGACAUCCAGGAAGCUGGACAUUCUCCUUCAUCUCCCCAGAUUUCUGGCUGCCAUAGUUUGGAAACACCAUCUUUGACUACGAUGUCUUUGCCCCAACCUGGCAUCCUGAUGGGCGCUGGAUCAAGUGAAGCCUCCCUGGCUUCUUCCUUUACCCAGUACUUGGAAAGUUCUUGUUUGCAGGACCAAAGAGAGGCCAGGAGAAAAAGGGAAUGGCUUCAUGGAUCUAAGACAGACUGUGCAGGCAUGGGAAGUCACAUCAGGCCAUCUGGUGGUAAAUGCUGUCAGCCCUUGGACAAAGCUGAACUGGGGGAAAAGGGGCCUGCCAAGGAAAACAGGAAGGCUCCUGUACAUCCUCAAGCCUACAGGUUCGAAUCCUGGAGUAGGAAAAAACCACUAUUUGUGACAAAAAGCCCUUGUCCUCUUUCUGUGUUUUCCUGGGACAGUGAAAGGAAUGACAGGGACUCCUGGAGUCAGCUUUUCACGGAGGAUUCCCAAGGCCAGCAGGUCAUCGCCCACAACACUAAAAUGCCUUUUCAAGAUGUAACCAAUGUUAGGAAUCAAGGCUUGGGGCAGUUUCCUGACAGUCCUCAGACUCAGUGCCAAGAUGGGCCUACUCUGUUAGAUCUGCAGCCAAACCUGCUCUUUACCCAGGACUCUGAAGGUAAUCAGGUUAUCAGACACUAGUUCUAAAUGUUUUUUCUGGGUGUUUCUUGAAGAGGCAGAGAUGGAAGAAAGUAGGGUGGGUCUGGGUAAGAGGAGGUUUAGGUGAGAGGCCAUGUGGCAUGAAGCAAUUGUCAUAUGGAACAUUGUUCUCAUGUAAACAAAGCAGGCAGUGUGUGAUAGGCAAGCUUUUCCCUCAGGAAGGUGACUGGUACAUUCCAGCAGGACAGGACUUAUCACCAAAACCAUUUCUCAGUUCAGAGAGUUGCUACUCUGUCCUCCAUAGGUCUUUUACUUCUAACAGGUAUGUGCUCUCUUCACUUCUAGCUGGACCACUCAAGCAUAUGCUUGGGACCAUUAUUCCCAACUGCAUUUUAAAAGACGCCAUCGUCCCUAACCCAGGUGUGUGGAGCUGGCUGGGGGGAAGGCAAAUGGCAGAUGAUCUUUUUGUUUGUUUUUUCGAGACAGGAUUUCUUUGUGCAGCUUUGGAGCCUGUCCUGGAACUCUGUAGACAAGGCUGGCCUUGAACUCAGAGAUGCGCCUGUCUUUGCCUCCCAAGUGUUAGAAUUAAAGGUGUGUACCACCACCACCACCGGCUUUUUUUUUUUAUGAUGGUUACUAUAUACAUUGUUUUUCUGGGACUGGACAGAUGGCUCAGAUGUUAGAGUUUGCCAGCCUGGUCUACAGAGUGAGUUCCAGGACAGCCUCCAAAACAAUAUGGAGAAACCCUAUUUAGAAAAACCAAAAACAACUUUUUUUUUUUAAUCUUCUCAAAUCUGUGCUAUGUAACAAUCUAACUUUUUUAUUAUUCUUCCACAAGAAAGAGGGAUGUUCCCUUUGGAAAACUAUGAAUCCAGGUUAAUGUCUAGAAAGCUGACUUUAGUGGUAAGUCAAAAAGCAACUUUAAGCUGGAUAUGGCAAUUUAGGAGACACAGGAGUUCCAUGAGUUCAAGGCCAUCUCAAAGCUACAUAGUGAGUACUCGACCAGCCUGAGCUAGGAGGACAUUGUAUUGGUUUGAAAGAAAAUGGCCCCCAAAGGGAGUGGCACUACUAGGAAGCAUGGUUAUUGGAGGAAGUGUGUUGCUGUGGGGCGGGCUAUGAGGUUUCUUUUUCUCAAGCUUUCCUCUGUGUGA